AUGGCAUUUGACCACGGGGAUACCGCGAAGCGGUUAAAGACUCUCGACAUAGGUUUUAAUGGUGUUUCGGUGUCGACUGACUUUCAGGGAACGAUCCUGCAAAUAAGCACAUUCCAUCCGAAGCAUGGCAUUGUUCUCGCCGAGCCCUAUGAGCAGUUCGAUGGAACCAGGUUCAGGGACACUCCGUAUGUACGGGAGUACCGAGCCCGAAUGCUGAGGUCCAUCAAGACGGGCAAGCCAGGCUUUGGAUUGCGUUUUGAUGUCGAGUCCCAAGACGCCCAGAUAACCCUAGAUGGGUUGGGACGAGCAACAAUAUCUUUCUGUACAGCUGACGGCCUUUCGAUUACGACAUCUUUGCGCGUCACUGAGGAUGGAGAGGUCAUUCAAUAUUCCGAGGUGAGGUCUUCUUGCAACUCAACUUCCCAGUUGAAGUACACAAUGGAUUGUGGUAUCAGUGUCAACCGGGCAUCGUAUGGACAACUCACUGAAGGGGGACCGAUUCCCAUCCCCAAGUCAGAGAAUAAAUUCAGCUUCGCCGAUGGUGGCCGGGGGUUUUUGAUCACCAACGCCCCCCUUGGUGCACAACUUCAAGGACAUAUGGAAAGCAACGGUCAGCCGGUCGACAUGCACGAGGCUAUCCAAGAGAAGACAUUUGUGGACUGCCCCGUAAAAGGAGCAUAUUCUCAGACACUGGAAAUCCCGCCACGGGCAUCAUGGACACUGACAGCAAAGUUCAACUUGCGACCGGCAAUAAGUUCUCAGACGUCUCGCCGUCCGGACACCUCACCUGCAGUUGGACUGCCGCUGCUCUGGCGAGACCAAGAGACGACCAGCAAAUUGAUCGUCCGCCGGAAUCUUGAGUACAUCCUCGGUAAUUGCGCGGUCCCGUUGUCGCCUUCUCAGGAUGCCGUUUGCCUCCUCACAGAUCACGUUGCUUUACCGCUCGGUUGGAUGAGAGACAACUAUUGGCAGAUUCAAUUCUUAAUCCAGGUAUAUCGGAACCUAGGUAGAUUAUCAGAGGGGGCCACUUGUGCGGCUUACUCUGAAGUGAUCAAGGCCACAGUGAAGGGCCAUCUGACCUGGAUUUUCCGAUAUGCACAACGACCCCAUAAAUUCUGGCAUCGAUCAUAUCUGACGACAGGUCGGCCCAAAGAUGGGGCCGUUUUCCAGCUAGACCAACAGUGCUAUCCGCUACUGGAGAUCUGUGACUUCUGGGAGACCUUUCCAGGGGAGCAGACGUUUGUGGAGGAAAUCUUGAAGUCGGACGCUGUGGCUCAAGUCUUGGACCUCAUCGAAUCGAAGAAAGACCCGUCCACGGGACUCUUCCCGACCGAUGAAACUCCAGGCGAUGAUCUAGUGGAAUAUCCGUUCCACUUCUCGAGUCACGUCUUGCUAUGGCAUGCGUUGUCUAGGCUUGCGAAAGUGAUGACGCAGGUGACGGGUUCUCCGUUGGGGAAGCGAAUGGCAGCCUUCGCCGAAGAUGUGCGUACUGCAACAUUGAAGCACUUCCUAUGUUUUGAUCCAAUGCGAGGUUCGUCCACUUUCUCGUACCUCGUGGAUGGGUUUGGUCACCGGACAUUUUACCACGAUGCCAAUGACCUGCCAACCCUCUUUGCUCCCUUGUGGGGCUUCAUCAGGACCAGCAACGAGAAACAAGCUUGGCACAGCACUAUGGAAUUUGCCUUCACGGAUGCGAAUGAGGGAGGAUACUAUGGAGAUGGGCCCUUUGGAGGUCUAGGGAGCGUUCAUACGCCCGGACCGUGGACACUGGGCUACUUCCAGCAGUGGAAGUAUGCUCAGAUGACUGGCAAUACCCAGGAAGAAGCUGUCGCAUGGAAGAAGAUCUGUGGUGUGAUGUUCUGGGAUGGGACGUUUUCAGAAGCAGUAAAAGGGAAGUCGAAGACCGUCUCGAUCCCACGUCGGGAGCACGACGCGCUCAAAGCCAGGUGUGCGUUGCUGGAACAGGCACUCGCAGAAGCCAUCCCUUCGCAACGUGAGAGGGACAAGUUGAUGCAACAUAUCCAAGCAAAGCACAGUUCGCCUGACGGAUCACGUGGCCAACAUUUGAGUCGAGAUAUCGCCGAAGACACCCAACAUCUUCGCGAAGGGCGAAUCCUUCAAGAUCCAGAUGGCACAAUGCGCUAUCUCGGUGAAUCUUCAGGAGCCACUUUUCUCAAUCACCUGCGAGAAUACAUGGCGACGGUCUUCCCACAGGCGUUUGGAGCUGCUUGGGCGGGCGCCCCGAAUCCGGAUGCGACGGCUUUCAUCUCAGCACUAGGGAAAUACCAAACCCACGAUAGCAGGCCUCUGCUAACUUCUACGGUCGACCCUCACAUAUCGGCGACAAAGGAACAAGCUGCCACGAUGCUCUCGGAAUUUCAACACUCCGCCCAGGAUGGUGAAGGGACUUUCGCUUCUGGUGGCAUCUAUUAUUGGAUCAAUGCCCGAGCUGCUCUGGACGAAUAUCGAGGUUAUGUCGACGGUGUGAGGUCCAUUGAAGCCAGUCCCAAUGUCGUGACCGCCAAUGCCGCGUUUGCCGUUGCUUGCCAGUUCAAUUCAAAGUGCGCACCGCCUUGGGAAACUGGAUUUGGACAGACCUUCUUCGCGAGAGCAAAAGGCCUGCUGGGAAAUCCCCUUGACCACUCAGUCAUCAACGAUGCAACCGUCCUGGCUCUUCUAGGGUUCUACCUGCUCAAUAGUAAUCGUCGUGAUGCUGCAUACAUCUACGUCAGCAUCGCAAUGCAUAUUCUUAUCGUCCACGGAGUCCACCGAGCCUGGAUGGUCGACGAACAAGGCAAACGACUGUUUUGGACUGUUUAUGUCCUGGACCGUUGGCUGAGUUGUUUGAUGGGCAGACCGGCUCUCAUUUCCGACGACGCGAUCAAGUUAGACCUGCCGCGCGACUCAAGUGGCCUGCCUCCUCCAGAUGGUCUUCGUGCUCAUAUUGAGCUUGCCAGAGUCUCAAACUACAUAGUCUCGAAUGUGUAUGAUGUUGCACGGCAGAGCGAGGAACCCCUGAUGACAACCUUGUGCAUUCAAAAGUCUCUGAGACUAUUGUCAUCCUGGUCCGAAAAUCUCUCUGUCACAGUGAUAGGUACAGAGGAAAACUUGAGCCGGGACCGAGCUGUUGGGGAACUGCACAUGGCGCACAAUCAGCUUAUCAUUCUGACUGUCCGACCUUUACUGUUCAUCAACGUCAAGCGAGUCACAGCAGACAUGCUUUUGAACGGCCGCACAACAGGUCAUGAGAUAACGCACAAGACUGAACUCGAUCUGUGUGCUGAUGCUGCGAGAACAAAUGUCCGUCUGUGGCAUCGACUUUUGAACCUGCAACGACCUGCAAGGCUGUCGGCUUCUAGCGUGCAUUACCUGUUCAACGCUGCUCUCGCGUUGCAGCUUUACCAGCUUCUGGGCCACGGCGAGGCACAGGACUAUGAAGAUGUGGGUUUCGUCAUUUCCAUCCUCGAUAUGGACCACAGCAGCAACAAAGAGUACGCAGCCGAUUGUGCGGGGGUUCUCACCGACUUCAACUCGUUGACGGCCAAACUACGCAACGUCGAUCUGUUGAGGGCGGUCUCCCGAACUGAGAAUGUGCGCGAACGUCCCCAUGGCCUGCCAUCUAACUCUUCAAUCAUACUCUCUCCGAACAGCGAGACCAGUCAAACAAGUUACACGGAAUCUCACAAUCAAUACCGAUCUGAUUCUAGCGAACUCAAAGUCGACCGCCCAGACUUGCCCCCUUACAAUCAUCAAACUUACAAUGAGCUGCUUUCUUGGUUACAAAGUGAUACUCUCCAGCAGAAGUUUGACUUCCCGCAUCGCUUUGGUUGA